ACAGCCGAUCCGGCGGAAACGGCAGAGUCCAGUGUUUUCCGUAGUCAUCGUUCACUAGCCCGUGUAGGCGAGCAGUAGGCUUUGUCUACUCAAAGAAAAGCUUGAGUUUGUUAAUUUGUUUACACAAGUGUGGUUGAAAAUGCCGUUAGAGAAUCUAGAGGAAGAGGGUCUUCCCAAGAACCCCGACCUGAGGAUAGCACAGCUGAAGUUCCUGCUCACCAUGGACGGUCACCGACAAGAUGCUAAAGUGAAGACCGAGCUCAUGGACGCUAUCAAAGCUAACAAUAUGGCGCCGUAUUAUGAGAGUCUGUGUAAGGAGCUGAAGUGGCAGCUGGACAGUGACCUGCUGAGUAAAAUGAAAAAGGCCAACGAGGAGGAGCUGAAGCGCCUGGAUGAUGUGCUGGAGGAUGCGGAGAAGAACCUGGGAGAGAGUGAGAUACGAGACGCAAUGAUGGCCAAGGCGGAGUAUCUCAUCAGAAUUGGAGAUAAGGAGGGCGCUCUAACAGCAUUCAGGAAGACCUAUGACAAAACAGUGGCUCUGGGUCACAGGCUAGACAUCGUCUUCUAUCUGCUGAGGAUUGGCCUCUUUUACAUGGAUAGUGACCUCAUCACACGCAACUCGGAGAAAGCCAAGAGCCUUAUUGAGGAGGGGGGAGACUGGGACAGGAGGAAUCGCCUGAAGGUUUACCAGGGCCUGUACUGCGUGGCCAUCAGGGACUUCAAGCAAGCUGCUGAGCUCUUCCUCGACACAGUCUCCACCUUCACUUCCUACGAACUCAUGGACUACAAGACCUUUGUUACCUACACCGUUUAUGUCUGCAUGAUCGCUCUCAAAAGGCCUGACCUCCGUGAAAAGGUUAUAAAGGGAGCAGAGAUCUUGGAGGUGCUUCACAGUCUGCCCUCUGUCCGCCAGUACCUUUUCUCACUCUACGAGUGCCGUUACUCUGUCUUCUUCCAGUCCCUGGCCAUGGUGGAGCAGGAGAUGAAGAAGGACUGGCUCUUUGCCCCACACUACCGCUACUAUGUGAGAGAGAUGAGGAUUCAGGCCUACAGCCAGCUGCUAGAGUCCUACCGAUCUCUCACCUUGGGCUACAUGGCUGAGGCCUUUGGUGUCAGCACAGAGUUCAUUGACCAGGAACUAUCCCGAUUCAUAGCUGCUGGCCGCCUCCACUGUAAAAUUGAUAAAGUUAAUGAAAUUGUGGAAACCAACAGACCCGAUAGCAAAAACUGGCAGUACCAAGAAACCAUCAAGAAGGGCGACUUGCUGCUCAACAGAGUCCAGAAGUUGUCAAGAGUUAUUAACAUGUAACCACGGAGGCCAUCAUCUUCAUUAACACAAGGGGCUCGUAUUGUUCUUUUGGUAUAGCCAAACCUUUUGUCAAAAUGACUUUUCUGUUGUGUACAUAAUAAAACUUGUUGAACUGUU